AUGAAAGGAAACAGCAAGCCAGUAUUUAAAAACCUGAAUAUUUUGGAUGACCGACCAACCUAUCCAGGAAUAACAGACUCUUCAGAAAAAAUAACCGAAGAGUCUUUAGGCAGACCAGAAAACAUCGGUAAUAUAUUAGUAAAAAAUCCUCAGCUCGUAGCAAACACAAACAAAGAUACAUCUACAUCCGCAUGCACAAAAGCAUAUGCACACACAACCACAGAUCUAGAUACAAAUACAAUCAUAAAUACAAACACUGACCGGUCCACAGUUAAGACUGGCAAAAGUGAAACGCAAUGUAGUCUGCCAAGAUUUUCUACUACAGAAAAAACGCAGAGAUUUCCGAAUCAAGUCGACAACUCCUCCCUGAACUCAAACCCGAGGGACUAUCGAACUAUCCCCAACUGGGACCCUGUUGCUGUUACAAGAAAUACUGUUAUUACAGGGGACAAUCGUAGCAUGAAGAAGCUCCCCGAAGAGAAAACCCCUCACAGCGAGGGCAGAAUCGUGAAGGUUGUUCAGCGAGACACUGACGAAACUGAUGCAAGUGAAAAAUGUAUUAAUGAUAAUAACUUACUAAAUGUCGAUGAGAAGUAUCAUAGAGAGGAUGUAUAUAAUGAUGUAUAUAAUGAUGCCACUACAUUAUAUGGAUCACAGGAUGGUAAAGAUAUCAAAAAUAAAACUAUUCGUCAUAACCAAUAUACCGAUAACACGCUUACAUGGGGAGAUGCAUGUAAAGUUAUCAACCCCUUGUAUGAAACAUGGGAUAAUAAAGAUAUGGAAAACGGAAGAUGUACAAACCUCGGCUGCAAGAAUAAUGAAAAUGCUGAUGAAUGUAAUAAUGUAGAAGAAACCGAAGAAAAGUGUGACCUCGUUGAUACUCUGUCUCUCAACGCAGAAUCUAGAGACAGUGUUAAUCAUUCUGGUGUUUGUAGUCUGAAGUUGGAUAAGAGAAACUACUUCAGAAACAGCGACGAUGAUUUAUUAGCUGUGACCGUUGGAGAAAAGAAUUAUUCUGAUGCCAUCGUCCCGUCUUACUAUACUGCAGCGGCUGUAGUAAGUGUGGGAAGGGACGAUUGUCAGAUGUACGGUUCACAGAGGGAGGGGGACAGCUACAGCCAGAGUAAUAGUAGUAGCUACAUCUUCGAUGACUUUGAUUGCAUGAAUUCAGCCUCGCAGAACGAGACCUUUCAUUUUAAAACUCAGACAGAGGAAAACCAAAUUGAAGAAGAAGAAGAAGAAGAAGAAGAAGAAGAAGAAGAAGGAAGAAGAGGAGGGGGAGGAGGAGAAUCUACAAAACCCCAUACAAGCAACAAUGUUUUAGCAGAAACAGAACCAAAGCAUGAGCCCAUCAGCGAGCCAUCUUAUUGCAAUAGCCUUACUAGUGAAACAGCAAACUUCCUUCAUGCAAGCAAUUCACAGAUGGAUUUAUUUAACGACUGCAGUGACCUUUUGCCAGAUUAUAGCCCCACGAAAAAAGGUGAGGCAAGAAAUGGUCGAUUUUAUCCUAAUAUCCUGGAUGUCGGGGAGAACCAAAUAAGUGAAACAAUAGAAGAGCAAGUAGAAAGCAAUAACAUUUGUUUAGCAAAACCAACACCUAUUUGUCAGCCCAUUAAUAUUCUUCCCGAAUGCGAAAAUACCAUCAAACGUAGCUCAGAGACGAAUACUCUAAACCGUAGCCAAAAAAAUAUUGUCGAAACGUGCUCGAAUGAUUUUCGCAAUUUCUGCAAUAAUGCGUGUGUUCUCGUCAAUGAAGAAGAGGAGGUUAAAAUAACAGGUCAAUCCUCAAAGAAUAUGAACUCUGAUUAUAAAAACUUGGACGUAAGUCGAAAUCUGAUGGGCGCAUGUAACAGUAAUUCAGAUGUAGGUGAGAAUCGGCCAAACACAAAUUACGGAAACUCAGGUAAAAGCGAUAACAAACAAGAAGUAUCAUACAAAAGUAAAAGUAGUUUAACUGAAACAGAACCAACAUGCCAACCCAUUGAAGUUCUAUCUUAUUGCGAUGAUGCAGCCAACAAGAAGAUAAGCCUUCCUUAUACAAGUAGUUCACAGACGAGUAUCUUCAACGGCUGCAGUGACGUCUCAGACUAUAGUAAAAACAAUAAAGAUGUAAUCAGAACUGAUCGAUUUUAUCCCCAAAUCCAGGUUGACGAGGAAAACCGAAAAAGUGAAAACAAAGAGAAGUACGUGGAAAGCAAUAACAAUUGUUCAGCAAAACUAGGGUUGAGGUGUCAACCCAUUGUUAUUCCACCUAAUGACAGAGAUGCCGUCAUAUAUAAUUCACAGGUAAAUGUCCUUAACUACAACAGAAGUGAUAUUGUUGAAGUGUGUUCGAAAAACGUUCGUAAUAAUGUUCCUGUUGACGACAAUGCAGAAGAAGGGGAUAACGAAGCGAGCCACUCUACAAACAUGAACACAAAUUAUAGGACUUUAAGCGUUAAACGAAAUGCAACUGACGAAGAUUACAGUAACCCUGAUGGAAUGCAGACGAAUUCCAGGAGGGGAAAUUCAGAUGAAAGUGAAGAUCCAAUGAACGCCAAUCGCAGUAAGACAGACGUAAAGGGAAAGUGGACAAACACGAAUGUUCGUGGAAACUUAAUGAAUUCGAAUUAUGUAAAUUUGCAUAUAAGUGAUAAUUGUUUGAAUGAAAAUUGCAGGAACUCAGAAGUUUGCGGAAAUCAGACGAACACGAAUCACAAAAAGGAGAAGGCAGAGGAAGAGAGGGAAAAAGAAGAAGAUGAAUCUAUGAAACCCGACAACAGCACGAGUGGUUUAGCUGAAACGGACCCUAGAUGCCAACCCACUGAAGUUCCAUUUCUGUACUAUCCUGCAGCCAGCGAGAAAGAAAAUGUUUAUCACAGAAGCUGUUCCAAGAUGAAUAAUCUUAAGGGUUGUUGUGAGGCUGAAUUAGACGAUGAACACACCAAUAAAGAUGUACUCAGAAAUGAUGAAUUUUAUCUUAAAAUCCAAGUAGAUGAGAAGAGGAGGAAUGAAAAGAAAGCAGGGAGUGUGGAAAGCAAUGACUGCUAUUUAGCAAAAUCACAGUUUAUUAGUCAAUCCGUUGUUGAUUCACUUAAAAGCAGAGAUGUCCUGGAACACAGUAGAAGUGACGCUGGUAAAACAUGCUCGAAUAACGCUAACAGUUUUUACAAUGAUAGAGCUGUCUUCACCAAUUCAGAUGAGGAUUAUGAAAGAGCCGAAUCCUUAAUGAGCACCAACGUGAAUAACAGAAAUUCUGACGUAAGUGGAGAACAAACAAUGAGAGUCAAUCACGGAAAUUUGUACGUAAGUGGAGAACAAACGAUGAGAGUCAAUCACGGAAAUUUGUACGUAAGUGGAGAACAAACGAUCACCAAUUACGGAAACUUGGAUGUAAGCGGCCAACAACAAAACGGAGACUCAAACUUGAACGGAACUCGAAUGAAAACAAGCUACAAUAAACCUGAAGGAAAAGAAGAAGAAGAAGAAGAAGAAGAAGAAGAAGAAGAAGAAGAAGAAGAAGAAGAAGAAGAAGAAGAAGAAGACGACCAACAAGGACAAGAAUCUUUGGAAGUCGACGAUAGAAAGAAAAGUUUAGUUGGAAUGGAAUGUCAUCGUGAUGUCGUUCUGUUGACGUGUAGUGAUGCAACCAUUGAAAGAACAAGCGUUUCUCACACAAGCAGUUCACAGAUGGUCGUCUUUAACGACGGCACUAACGCUGUCUCAGAUUAUGGUCCCACCCACGAAGAUGUGACAAGAAACGAUCGAUUUCACCCUACAAUCCUGGCUGGCGAGGAGGAUCGAAGAAGCAAAACUGAAGGGGAGGAGUGUGUGGAAGUCGAUAACAGCAGCAUACGUUUAGAACCAGCAGACUCGUGUAAAGGUGUCACAUGUAGAUCACAGGCGAAUAUCCUUAACCAGAACAGAAAUGAUAUUGUCGAAGCGUGUUCAGGUGAGGUUCACAAUUUCUGCAAUGACGUCCCUAUCCUCAAAAAUGUAGAAGAGUUCAAAGAAAAAGUCCAAUCCUUAAAGCGUACGAACUCAGAUUAUGGAAAUCCGCACGCAAGUCAAAAUCCGACGAAAGAAAAUCCCAACAACCCAAAUGUAUGUGGAAAUCGAAUGAAUGCUAAUUACGGAACAUCAGGUGUAAAUGGAAAUUUGACAAACAAAAACUGUGGAAAGUCAGACAUCACUAAAAUUCCAACAACAGAAGAAAAUUGUGGGAAAUCGAAAGAAAGUGGCAAACUGGUCGACGCAAAUUUCAAUGAGUUAAACGUAACUACAAAUCAGAUGAACACAAGUUAUAGAAUCUCAGAAUUAAGUGGAAAACUAACGAAGGAAAAGCUCAGCAUCACGGAAGACGGCAACGAUGAGGAAAAAGAAAAAUCUAAUAAAAUUCACAAAAGUACGAAAAAUUUAGUUGAAACAGAACGGAAGCGUCAUCUGGUUGAAGUUUCGUUAAUGUGCAAUGAAUGCAACGGGAAUGCAAACUUUUCUCACACAAGCAGUUCACAGACAAAGAUUGUUAAUGGCUGUAGUUGCACCAAUAAAAAUGUUGUCAGAAACGACGAGGAGAAGCAAAGAAGACAGAAGGUCGAAGAGCACGAGAAAAACAAUAAGAGAAGAAAAGCAGAGUGGAAGUGUCAGUCCGUUGUAAGUCUAUCCAGAGACAGAGAUGUUAGCAUACACGGCUUACAGACGAAUAUCAUGAACUGUGGCAGAAACGGUUUUGUCCAAACGUUUGCGAAUGAUGUCCUUAAUUUCUGCAAUAAUGUCCAUGCAGUCGGCAAUGUAGAAGAAAAGGAGAACGAAUCAGGGCAUUGUUCAUCGAGGAUAAACUCAAAAUAUGGAGAUUCAGGCGUUUGUCGAAACCCGACGAACGCAGACGUAUGUGGAAAUUGGAAUAACACAAAUGAUGGAAACUCGGUAAAUUCAAAAUGCAAAAAAUCAGAAGCGAACGGGAGUCAGACAAAAGCAGACGACAAAACCCCAGAAAAAGGAGAUAAGGAAGGAGAAGGGAAACUAGUAAGGAAAAUCCUCAAAGGCAACGGUGAAAUAGAAACAGACCGUCACACCAUUGAAGGUCAUUACGGAAAUAAUGCAGCCAGCGACAGAGCCAACAUCUCUUACAGAAGCAAUUCACAGAUGGAUAGAUUUAAUGGUGACACCAAUAGUGACGUCACCAAUGAUCGAUUUUAUCCCCAAACCCAGGAAGACAAGGAAGCCCGAAUAAGCCGAAAAGAAGGAGGACAUACGGAAACUGAUAACUGCCGCAGCUCUUUAGCAAAUCUUGGUUCCCUAUGUCAACCAGUUGGUAUUCCACUUAUUUGCAGUGAUGCCAUAAGCAGCUUGCAGACGAAUGUCUUAAAUCAGAUCAGUAAUGACCGUGUCGAAGGGGGUUCAAAUAACGUUUACUCUUUUUGCAAUAAUGUCCCUGCUCUCAUCAGGGCACAAGAUGACGAAACAAAUCAAAGCUCAAACAGGAUGAAUGCAACUAACGGAAACUUGGAUGUAAAUCGAAUUACAUCCAAUUGCGGUAAGUCAAACGACAUUGGGAAGCGGACGAAUUCCAUCUGCGGGAAAUUAGAGGCAGAAGAAAAUCGGGUGGACGCCAGUUGUGGAAACUGGAAUGUAAAUGGAAAAAGAACGAGUGAAUAUUGUGAAAAUAUGCACGUAAGUGGAGAUCAACCGGGAAACGCAGACGUAAGGGAACAUUCUAGAAAUUCGAAUUACGUUUACUCAGAUAUAAGCGGGGAUAGAGUGAAUUUAUAUCACGGAAAAUUAGAAAACGGAGAUAAGGAAGGAGAAGAAAUGUCAAUGAAAAUCCACAAAAGCAACAAUGAUUUAGUUGAAACGGAACCGGAGCGCCAUCCAAGAGAGGUUCCAUUUCCAUGCAAUAUUACAGGAAACGCGAAAGCAAACUUGUCUGAGGUAAACAGCUCAAAGGUGAAUAGCUUCAACGGUUGCAGAGACGUUGUCUCAGAUACUGGCCUCGUCAUUAAAAAUGCAACUAGAGAUGAUCGAUUUUAUCUGAAAACCAUGCCUGGCGAUGAAGAUGAAAGGGAAAAGGAAGUGGAAGUAGAAUACGUGAAAACGUUCAAUAGCAACAGUUCUUUAGCAAAACUAGAGUUAAGAUGUCAGCCCGUUGAUAAUUCAACUCUGGAUUCGCAUACCACAGUACAUAAGUCACAGGAGGCUAGCUUAAGCAACAACAGCAGCAGUGAUAUCGUCGUUGGACGUUCGAAUGUCAGUCGAAAUUCUGGCAGGGCUAUCCCUUUUCUUAACAAUGCGGAAGAUAAUUCACCAAGAAAGUUCUCAAACGGAACUAACCCAAAUUACGGAAACUCAGACGUAAAUGGAAAUUUAACGAAUAGAAAUUACGGAAAUUCGGAAUAUGAAGAUAAGGAUCAAGAAAUAUCUAAGAAAAUCGACAACAGCAACAAUUAUUUAGGUGAAGCGCAACCUAAGCAUAAUCCCACGAAGGUCCCAUUUCUGUGCAAUGCUGCAACAAGCAAGAGGACAGACUUUCCUUACACAAGCAAUUCACUGAUUCACAACUCUCAUGGCUGCACUGAUGUUGUCUCAGAUUAUAACCUCAUUGAGGAAGAUGUGGCCAGAGAUGAUCGAUUUUCUCCUAAAACCCAGGCAAACAAGGAGGCCCGAGGAGGUCAAAAGGAAGGAGAGUAUGUGAAAUCCGACAAGAGCAGAAACAGCUCUUUACCUACAAUAAGUCCUGUUUGCCAGCCCGUGGCUAAUCCACCUGGAUGCAGUGAUGCCAUAAAUUGCUCACAGAGCAGUAAUGAUGCUGUGAAAAAGAGUUCGAAUGACGUUCGUAGUUGCCGCAGUAAUACUCUCUCUGUUCUCGACGAUGCUAACGACGGUGGCUUAAUAGGAGAGAUAUCGAACAGAACGAAUAGAAAUUGCAAAACCAUGGAUGCGGAUGGAAAUCGGACGAAUGUAAAGAACCUCGCUCAAGAUUCAAGUGGAAAGUCGACAAAUGCAAGUUACGGAAUCUCAGACUUAAAUAGGAAUCACGCGAAUACACCGCUAUUCCGGAUUGAAAAUCCCAAUUGCUCCGAUGAUCAGCGUGUACCUGCGGCCAAUGACAAGACAGCCUCCUUCCCGAUCAUCCUCUCAAUCGAUCAGCAAGAAUCUUUCUAUUCUGAUCUCCCACCAAAGAGGCAUUUCAACUACAAAGGGAACUUUAGAUGGAAGAAACCUUUAGAAGAUUGUUCUGUGACUGUGAGGACGAAUUCAGCAGAAACAGGUACUGAGAGAACGUGUGACGUUCUGAGAGAACGUGUGACCUGCUUCAUUUCCCCGGCAACACUUUCUUUAACCAAGUUCUUCACAGAGUAAACUCUGUCAGACUUCAUUCCAAUUUCACAGAUGAAGCACCGCUUCAACGUUUUCCUUGUAAGAAAUAUCCCUUGAUAAGCUACCCAAGCAAUUCACUUUGAACGAACUUUUCGCAGAGGUGGUGAAUAUGAGUCAUGAAGAUGAAUUAGGGAAGGACGAAACUAUGGUGCAGGUGAUAGAUGAAUUAAAAAGGGAGGAAAAGCAGAUAUCACAGGAGUUGAAGGAACUGAAGGAACUGGAAAAACAGAUGAAUAAAGAUCUAAAGGCAGGUAUGAGCAAGUUAGAAGAGUUGGAAAUACCCGAGCUAAAGGAACUGGAAACUCUGGAGCUGAAAGAACCUGAAGAUCUGGCGAUAGCUGAAUUGGAUGAUCUAGAAGAACUGGAAGAACUGGAAGAAAUGGAGAUACCUGAGCUGAAGGAACUGAAGGAAGAUUUAGAGGCAAGUGAGAUGAAGGAACUAGAUCUCGAAAUACCGGAGCUAAAGGAGCUGGAAGAUCUGGAGAUAAAUGAGUUGAAAGAUCUGGAUGAUCUGGAGAUAAAUGAGUUGAAAGACCUGGAUGAUCUGGAGAUACCUGAGCUGAAAGAACUGGAAGAUUUGAAGAUAAUGGAUGACACCGAACUGAAUAAAGAGAUAGAAGACUUGGAGUGUUUGAAGAAUUGGCGGCUCCACUGUUGAAAAAGAAAUGUCAAAUCUGUUUAAGUUUGCAAUGGCAGUGUUAAAGUAAUAUCUUUGGUUUCAUCCAAAGAUUGGUUUCGUCAGAAAAUAUAAUUCGGAAUGUGAAAGUAUAUUCAUUGUUCAAGAUGUAUUUCAGUCGAUAUAAAAGUUAUAAAGAUUAGAUUUGCGCAUA